UCUAUUCUAUUCUAUUCAUUUCUUCCAUCUCCUUCUCGAUCUCCCCUUCUUAUUAUAUAUUAUAUAAACCUUAGCUUUCACUUGUGUCUCUGUCUCCACUUGAAAGUUUAAUGUUGCUUGCUAUCUGUAUCAUUCUUCCUCAUACAUACAUUAUAUUCUUCAUGAGUUCAAUGCUGUCAUAGCGCCAUUUGUCAAACCAAUUUAAUAUAUGAAGCGAAAUUGCUGCCUGGAUCUCCGCCUUCGUUCUUCAUCCUCCCAUCAUCGUUCCAUAAUUUGUAGGAAUGAGAUGUUGGAGCUUCACAAUAAACUUGUAGGCAUUAUUCACGAUGGACGCAGCUGCAUGUUUGACAUAACAGAACUUCAGGCAAGAGUGAUAAUAUGGGUGGCAAGUAGUCAAAAAGUGGAAGAGAGGAUUGUUGGCAUACAAACACAAGCAUUGCUAAUGUACGCGUCGCGAGGCCUUUCCGUCAAGAGAUCGCUUCAGGAAUUCCUGCAAAAUAGAAAGAGAAGGUGUCAAAGCACCCACAUCUCCGACAACCACAACCACCUCAAUUAGUCAACUUCAUGCAUCAGAUGUACCAAUAUUUUUUAUUUGGAAUGUGUUUCUUUUUAUAUUACAACAACCAAUUAAGAGCAGUAAGAGUGAGCAACAUUUAUUUCAAUUUCUUGUAAACAUAUUUUUAAUGAACGAAGAAGGCCACCCUACUACGGAGCAGGCAGGGCAGGUGGAUUCAGUUACA